UGCGCAGCGCUCCCGUGACCCCACGGCGCGGGCGCGCUGGCGUUCACGCCGGCCCGUGUCGCGUCGCUCGAGCCCGCGACGGAAAGAGGUCCCGGAGGGGAACGUCAGCCGUGGGUGUAACAAGACUGCACCUACGAGGGCUCCAUCUGCCCCUCUCCCCCCGUGCGGCAGCCUGGGUGUAAGCUGGAGCAGCCGGUCCUCAGCAGGCAAAGCGCCCAAGAAGCCGCAGCAGCAUGGACACGGAGUCUCCUCAGUGCCCACAUCCAUGGUGCUGCCGCCUGGGGAGACCUGGAUGCACAGAGGUCACAGGAGGAGAGCGUGGGCAUAGCUGCCAGUGCCAGGCAGGCGCUUGUGCCGCUGAGCCACAUCCCCAGCCCCAUCGCCACAGUUUCAAACUGCAGCCUGACACUGUCAGUGAAAGGAAGUGGCCUGGUCGUCAGAAACCCACGUCAGCUGCGCAGGUGCUUCCAGCAGGCAGGUACGUGGCAAACGGUCCUUGCUGAGCUGUGCAGUGCACCCAGAAGCAAAUGAGCUUCAGCCUCUCCAGGGCUCUUAUCAAUCCAAGCAGGACAGAGGGUGGAGGCAGAGCGGGAGAUGCCACGGGGCAGCGAUGUCCAAGAGGUCCUCCCAGAGGAGGCGGAGGCAGCAGAGGGCAGGGACAAUGGCUGCUGCCAUCUGGAGGAGCCUCGGAGUGCAGGAAUACACUCCCCGCUGACUAGAGAAAGAGGCUGUGGUGCUGAAUGCUGGAAACGUGUAUAAAACAGUAAGAUUGAAGACCCUUGGGGCAGAGCUGUGAGGGAGGAACAAUAACUGUCUACUUGACUGUCCACAUUUCUCAUAGAUGAAAACCCAUCU